AUGAAGAUUGUCCUCGUUCUUCUCCUCGCCGUCUUCACUUCUGGAUACGCCCUCGAACUCGUCAACGACGCUCCUCCCGGAUUCUUGGACCACGGAAUCCACUCCAUUGUGAAUGAUGAUCCCGAUAUGCCCGGAGAUAUCUCUCUGGAUGGAAACCCGCCAAUCGCAGUCACAUUCCACGAUGUGCCCGAAGCGACAACGAAGCAGAUAUUCCAUUGA